UUCCUGGUUUUAUACUUCCCUAGAUGGGGAAGUGGGGCUGCGCUGGAGUUGGAGUUGGGACAGCAGGCACUUUUUAUUUUCUGAAACAGUGUAGCAGUUUAAGGGAACCUGGUGGCUUUGUAUCCAGGCCAGUAACGGUUUUAGUGGACUCUCUGGUCCGCCAUUCUGAGGUUCUUCUCUGGCGUUAGCAGCCCUGCGGAGAAGCAAGGCCAUGACUGACCACCCACACAUCCUCCCACAGGGUUCGUGGAGGGCAUCUGUGCUGAGCUUUAGCAUCAGCUCUUGUUUUCAAGUCUGAAUCUGUUCGGUUCUGUCCCUUAGGCCGGAGUGUCAUGAACACUUCCUCCCUUUAUCUCUACAAGUGGGCUUUUCGUUUCUUUUUUUCCCCUUUUCCUUCUUUUGGUGCUGGAAGAGGCAACAGUGGUACAUGUUGAGAAUUAGCCAAUGACAGGCAGUUUCUACCUCCUACUUUAUUUGAAAUACAAUCUGUCCUUCACUGCUGGCUAGCAACAUAGUAUCUUUAUAGUCAAGCUUAAUGGUUAAGCAGACUUUCAGCCAGGCUAAGACUCCGGCUCCAGUUCUGUGAUUUGGGCAGAGUCUCUUGCUGAGCCUGGAGCGCCCCAAUUCCAGGAAUCACUCAGGUCACCCUGAUUGGAAGUCAACUGACUGGCGUCACAGAAACAACAGCUCCUGAGUUUGAAGAAAAGAGGCUCCUGGCCUAGGACAGAGGUUUGCAGCCCUUCUUCCCGGAACUCUCUGAACGCAUCUUCCCAGCAUCCUCUAGCAAAGAUGCGUCAGCUCAAGGGGAAGCCAAAGAAGGAGACAUCCAAGGACAAGAAGGAGCGGAAGCAGGCCAUGCAGGAGGCCCGGCAGCAGAUCACCACAGUGGUGCUGCCCACCCUGGCUGUGGUGGUGCUCCUGAUUGUAGUGUUCGUGUAUGUGGCCACACGCCCCGCAGUCACCGAGUGAGCCCCUCCAUUCCAGCUCUCCUCUGCAGGGAUGUCUACAGUGCCGAGCUCCCCGCAGUCACCGAGUGAGCCCAUCUGGGCCUGCUCUCCUCUGCAGAGGUGUCUACAGUGCCCGAGCUCCCAAUAGGAGGGCCCUGUCUUCUCUGCUCUUUGACUUGACUAAAAUUUCUCUACUUGUUUGGGGGAGGGAAUAGGGAAUAUUUUAUCAGUGAAUGUGCCAUACACCUGAUGGUCCACUUCAUGUGCCUUUCAGACUUCAAAGCAGCGUGCGUGUGCGUGUGCGUGUGUGUGUGUGUGUGUGUGUGUGUUUCUUUUUCUCCUGAAAUCGAUGCAUAACUGCGCCUGGGGAGCCGAGGACUCCCUGGGUGAGGUUGUUGGUUGGAAUCAGUGCCACCUCCCUCCCAUCCCUGCAACAUGCUCUCUUGCUCCUACUCACGACUUCCUAAGGGGACAGCGUUUCUGCUCUGUGCUUGAUGGGAUUUGAAAUAUGUUGAUUCAAAGUGAAAUAUUUAUUUUUUGAAUAAAGGAGAUAAUAGUCUUAAACUGGA